UGAUGCAAGUCUUGAGGGUUAAAAAUAGGAAAAUCCAAAAUGUCUUUUCAUAGGCUCCAAAAAGCAACUCAUUCAAUUGUUAAAAUAAAAUCUUCAGGCCACAACUUUCUCUAUCGCUCACAAUCUAGCAGUGCUACGAAAGGGAGUAGCUUACGACGGGCACUAUUUGGAAUUACGUUAAUAUCUGGGGGCGUGGUCGGUGGAGCAAUAGCAUACGGUCAUCAUGAUCCAAACUUUAAACAAUCAGUGGAUGCAUAUAUACCUGGAUUUAGUAAUGUAACCGACAGAUCAGUCAUACUAUUGAAUAAAGGAACAGAAGUAAUGAAACAGAUCAUGUUACCAGAGAAAUGGAGGAGCCCGACUCCUCCUGUUGAUGAUGUGAAGUCAUCGUCUUUAGCUGAUAAAUUAGAAUCGGAAAAUAUUCAAGACAAUUCAAAAACUUCGUCUGAGACUGAUCAAUCCAAGACUGAUCAAUCCAAGUCUCCUCCCACUGCCCCACCCACUACUGAUCCUGUACCAGCCACUGUCCCACCCACUACUGAUUCUGUACCAGAUCCUCCUCCUCCUCCUCCUCCUGUGGUAUCGUCUGAUCCAACAACUAAAACUGUUCCUCCUCCAUCAACUGAAGCCACACCUCCUGACACUCCUCCUGAUGCCACGCCUUCUGAUACUGUACCAUCUUCCGAGACAAGUGUUGUAUCUAUAGAAGCCACACCUACCAAAAGCACUGCAUCUGAAGCCAUCCCACCUGUAACUACCACGCCUCCUAGUGUUGCUAGGUUACAGGAAGUGUUUGAACGAUACAGUGAAGGAUCUGAUACCGUAUUGAGCUGUAUCGAUGAGUUAAAAGCAUCACUGGAUAAACGUAACGAGAGGAUGAUAGAAGACUUUAAUAAUCCACCAAAAGAUGAGAAAGAGAUUGAAAAUAUAGUUGGUGACAUAAUGACUAAUGAAGGUGCUGUUGAUAGUGCUAAAGAAGAGUUGAAGAGAGCAAGAGAGAAGCAAGUAGACUUAUCUGAUCAAUUGACGAGUGCUAUAGAUGCAGCUAGAAAUGAUGGAGCCACUGAACUAGUGGAAAUGGUUUGUGCCAAAGUUGGCGAAUACACUGCAUCUAUUGAGAAGAGAGAAGAGUUCAUCAAAGAAGCAGAGAAAGUGUACGAGACUCAAUUUCAGGAAAGAGAAGAGAAACAAGAAAGCGAAAAGAUUGCUGCUUUGAUGAAUCAGAUUGAAGAAUUGAGAGAAGAAGGCAAAAAAGUGCUAGAGAAAGCUUUACAAGAGCAAAAAGAUGAACACGAUGAGAUUUUGAAAGAAAAACUACGCGAAACCAUUGAAGACAAAGAGAAAGAGUUUCAGAGAGAGCUAGAAAUGAUGGAGAUGGAGCUGAGAGAGAACUAUGAGGAAAAGAUUAAAGAAAAAUUGUACUACCAAGCUGAAGCCCAAGCAGCUUAUACUAAGAAAUACCUCGAGGAACAGGCUGAAGAGAUUAGCAAAGAACUUGAAGAGAAGCACAGAAGAGCUGAGAAUGAGUUAGAAGAAGAGUAUCAAAAGAAGCUUGCUUGUGCUUAUGCUCAUCUAAAGGGGAUACACUCUAUGAUCAAUACUGUAGUUGAAACAAGUCAGAGUACAAGAAGACAGCAGAGUGUUAGAGCAGCAUCAGAUGCUCUUACUAACGCACUCAUUGCCGCUAAUGCUGAUCCUAACACGUACUCAAGGCAUAGUAUAAAAUCAGAAGUGAAGAUGUUACAUGAAACAGCCAAAAAUGAUACCUUCAUACAUGCUAUCCUCUCUGCCAUUCCAGCUGAGGUCUUAGAGGAUGGCCUUGUAUCAGAAGCUAGUCUUAAAAACAGGUUUACCAGAGUUAAGAAGAUUGCUGGCAGGGUUGCCCUGGUCCCAGAAGAGGGAGGAGGUCUGGGUGUGUACCUCCUCUCCUUCCUCCAGUCACUGCUGACUAUUGAUAUGGUACACCCACGCAUUACGUCCUCUGGUCUCUCGUCUGUCGAUCCAGAGUCCCUCUCGACCUUUGACCUCUUGCGUCAGGCAAAGUUCUCACUGGAAGCUGGGGAUUUGGAGACCAGUGUUAGAGUCCUUAGCCAAUUGAAAGGAGAAUCCAGAAGGGUUGUGAGCGAUUGGCUACGAGAUGCUGUUCUUUAUUUAGAAACGAGGCAGGCUAUCAUGGCCAUUAGUGAAUAUCUGGCAGCUUCAAGUGCAGCUGUACUGCAACAAUAACGAAAUAAUACAUUUAUAUAGUUUAAUGAUUUUUGUUUAAAAUCAAUCUUCAAUCUUGUAACAACUUUUGUGUGUGUGCAUUUUGUACAUAAUUGUAGAUCAUAAUAGUUCAUGAUUUGAGAAUCAA